GCCUCAAGCAAAUCACAAGGCGACUAUAAAUCGAGGUUCGUAUUUUUUGACUAGUAACUUAACCCUUUAAAGCACUUAAAUAAUUAGAAUGGAUGUCAAAAGUAGAAUGCAUUAAGUACAAUGAAUUUGCGCGCUUUGUUGCAGAAUAAAUGCUUUCUCGCAAUUUAAUAAAUCUGCUCUAAUUGCAUGGAGUUUUAGGGUUACCUCGAACUCUGAUGAGAAACCGAGAUCGGUUUACCUACCAGUACUAGUAUUGUCCGGGUAGUAUUGGGCCCGGAAAGUAAAGGACACAUUCUAUUAAUGUAUAACUGAUAAAUGCUUGUAUGACAAAUAAUCUGAAAUUACGGUGUAGAAUUAGUUUUCUGAUUAGUGAAAAUAAGUGGAACACCAAAGACUUACCUCGGUGAAAUAGAAGUAACAAAGCCUUUAUGGUUUAUUUUCUUUAGUUUUUUUUAUAUAAAAUAAACGGUUGAAUUGGUGAAAGGAAUGUUGCAUGCUAGGUACAAGUAGCAGAGCCUGCAGGAAUUUAAUAUAUUAUAACACUCAGCAUGAAGGGCCACCAGUAAAAGGAAUGUUGCAUACUAGGUACAAGUAGCAGAGUCUGCAGGAAUUUAAUAUAUUAUUGUACUCAGCAUGAAGGGCCACCAGUAAGGGGCUCACUAUUUGAUUUUUGAGCCGGGGAUGGGUUAUUUGUUUUCAUGCAAGAUUUUUUCAGACCUCAUUCCUGCAGUGGCUAUUUUGUUUUGCACAAAAUUUCCAGACUUAAGUGACAAUAUUGAUCUACAACAAUUUUUUCGGCCCUUUGGGCUAUUCGGCCUCGGCUUAUGUAAUGGUUGGCCCCGAAAGGUAUCACCACCUUAGAUCUGGGGCCUGAAUUUUUUAGUGGAGUAAGAACACCCGCUCUGAACGACUACGCAUCGCCGCGGCCCAGCUGCCUUGUAGAAUCAAUAGAGAGGCUCUACCAGUCCUCGUUUAUCUUUUGUACCGGUCCUCAAAGCCAUUACACACAGAGAAAGCUGGGUCCAAAGGCACCUAAUGUCUUCGAAAGUCGCACGGCAAGAGAAGACCUUAAGGAGGAUAUGGACGAGGAAACGAGGGCGGAGGGAAAGGAGCGACAAAGGAAGACAUUGCAGAGCUUUGCGAAAGAAUUUGGACGGGGUGUACGACAGCAACGAACGAGAGGGAAGACCAAAGAAAGAGCUGGUACACUUCCACUUGCUCUGAGUAUGUUCAGAAGGAAUGCGUCGGCACAUGGCCGGAGAAGUCGAUCUGCUGAAAGAGGUUCAAGGGAGUGAAGGACAAACUACACUUCAAGGCGCAGCCGAAGAAUAUGAGAUUAUCUAUUCAAAAGGCGACGUAGUGGCUCUCAAGCACAAUUACAAGAGGUAUAUCAUUCCUUUNGGACGAGGAAACGAGGGCGGAGGGAAAGGAGCGACAAAGGAAGACAUUGCAGAGCUUUGCGAAAGAAUUUGGACGGGGUGUACGACAGCAACGAACGAGAGGGAAGACCAAAGAAAGAGCUGGUACACUUCCACUUGCUCUGAGUAUGUUCAGAAGGAAUGCGUCGGCACAUGGCCGGAGAAGUCGAUCUGCUGAAAGAGGUUCAAGGGAGUGAAGGACAAACUACACUUCAAGGCGCAGCCGAAGAAUAUGAGAUUAUCUAUUCAAAAGGCGACGUAGUGGCUCUCAAGCACAAUUACAAGAGGUAUAUCAUUCCUUUAUUCCUUGCAGUUCUUUUAAAAGAUCUCCACCUUAAAGGUGACGCAUUCCAGGAAGAUCACAUGAGUUUGAGAUGGCUGGAACAGUCAGAAGAAGAUCCCCUUGUGUACCAGACUGCGCAUCAUUUAAUUUUUCUUGCUAUUGGUAAUUGA